UAAGUUCGAUAAGUUAGUUUUUCAUUUAUUUAAUUAUUGCUACACAGGUAGCUUUUGUGCUUUUGUAAGAUCCUUUCAUCAAAAAAAUGACUAGCUAGACCAGAGAGGAAAACGAAUGGGGGCCUUAAGAUUACCGAAAAAAGCUUGAGUAUCUUGAAGGGAGCAGCAGGAUAUAUGCAGAAUGUAUGGAAGACUGGUUGGAGAAAUAUUCAUAGCCUGCUUUUUAUUUUUUUCAAGCCUGUUUGAUAGUUUGUUUGAGAAUGAUGAUAGCACAAUUCACAGUUUAUUCUGUCUUAAUGAAAAUUUUCUUUGUUUGAUUCAAUCGAAAUAUAAACUUUUUUCUAAUCCUUGUAAGAUAUUUGUUUGAUUCAAAUAUGUUUUAUUUCUUCCCUUUCAUAUGAACUAAUUCUCUCACCUCAAUUUGUUACUUUUAGAUUUGCUACUUUAGUUGUAUAGAAGUUAUGACUAGCAAUUUACAUCUUUUCCAGCAUCUUGUAUACUUAUUUGUGGCAUUUGAUUCUCUACGGAUGACUGUUUUUGGCCUUCCAAAUUGAUGGUUAUAGCAGAGCUAUUAUCUUUUCAUAUUUUCUUCCAGUUUCUUUCACACUGGUGUAUUCCUGAUCUACUGGGCUGUCCUUUUCUGCUACAGAUAUGUUAUAUUUUAUUGAUACCUAAGGCAGUUCUCUUUCUCUAUCACGGCUGCAUCUGUCUGUCUCUCUCAUGCCUUUUCUAUUGUGAAAAUUAUAUCAUCUCUUUUAGUUGAUUAAGUUCUGUUGAUAUAAAAUGUUGAAGUUUGGAUUGUUUAUUAUUUCUGAGGUUUAUUGAUGCAUAAACAGUCAACUACUUGCAGUUCCAAAGAAAACAUGUUAGCAAAUGGUGGGCUGUUUUGUGGUCCAACAAAACUCAGAUUUAAAAAAUCAUCUAUAUUUUUAUUUGGUCAGUAUAUAACUGAAUGUAUGAAAUUCUAUACUGAAAGAAGUGUUAUUGUCGUGGUUAGAGUUCCUAACUGACACUUUUUGAUGCUAGUAAUUGAGAAGUGCUAGUUAUUAACACAGAGGUCAAGGAGCCAUAAUCAUAGUUGAAUCAGCAUUUUUAUGAAAUGAGCUUUACUUUGUUGUCUUGCAUGUAGUCUCUUUUGUGUUGUUUUAUUGGUGAGCUGGGAUGUGCAACCUCUGCCUUGUAUGCUGUCCUGUUACUCUCUUAGUGCAUUCUUGGACAUUGUUUCAUCUCCGAUAAAAAGUAUUGUGAUUUCAUUUUGUUGGCAUAUCUUUGAACUAUGAUGAAAGCAGAGUAAUCCGCAGCUCCUCCAAAAAUUACAUUAUUUCAUCUCAUUGAUUUGUUUGAAGAGAAUGAACUCUCCAUCCACCCAGUUUGUACCCUCAAGACGGAUAAGCAUGUAUGAGUCUGUCCACCAGAUUGGCAUGUGGGGAGAAAAUUUUAAAGGUCAUGGCGAUCAAAACACAGCUGCAUCUAUGAUUGUGGAAGCAAAUUCAAAACUUGAUAACCAGUCAGAAGAUACUUCACAUGGUGUGAUGGGAACUUCUAGCAAGUAUGAUCAAGAAGCAACUAAACCUGUUGAUAAGGUGCAGAGACGGCUUGCACAAAAUCGUGAGGCUGCUCGCAAAAGCCGAUUGCGGAAGAAGGCAUAUGUUCAGCAGUUAGAAACAAGUCGGCUAAAGUUAAUUCAGUUAGAGCAAGAGGUUGAGCGAGCUAGACAACAGGGUCUGUACAUUGGUGGUGGUGUAGAAACUGGCCAUUUAGGGUUCUCUGGAGCUGUAAACUCAGGAAUUGCUGCAUUUGAGAUGGAAUAUGGACAUUGGGUGGAGGAGCAAAACAGGCAGAUUUGUGAAUUGAGGACUGCAUUGCAUGCCCAUAUAAGUGAUAUAGAGCUCCGCAUACUAGUCGAAAGUGGCAUAAGCCACUAUUUUGGACUUUUCCGUUUGAAGUCAACUGCCGCAAAAGCUGAUGUGUUCUAUUUAAUGUUUGGCAUGUGGAGAACUUCGGCCGAACGCUUUUUUCUGUGGAUAGGAGGAUUUCGCCCUUCUGAGCUCCUUAAGGUCCUUAUUCCACACUUUGACCCCCUGACAGAUCAACAACUUCUGGAUGUUUGUAAUCUCAAACAAUCAUGUCAGCAAGCAGAAGAUGCUCUUUCUCAAGGUAUGGAUAAACUCCAGCAAACUCUUGCUGAGACUGUAGCAGCUGGUCAACUGGGGGAAGGAAAUUAUGUACCACAGAUAGCUAAUGCAAUGGAGAAGUUAGAAGCUUUAGUCUGCUUUAUGAAUCAGGCUGACCAUCUUCGCCAGGAAACUCUGCAGCAGAUGUAUCGCAUCCUAACAACCCGCCAAGCAGCUCGAGGCUUGCUUGCCUUGGGGGAGUAUUUCCAACGACUACGUGCUUUGAGUUCGCUUUGGGCCACUCGUCCUCGUGAGCCUGCAUAAUAGUUGGAAAACUUACAUGAACACAAACCUCUGGAAGAUAAUCACCUACUGGAGCUGGGGUUCUCCAGCCAAACUUGUCAUUUUAGUUAUGAUGUUAGAGACAUGGUCUAAGCUGCCAAAACUUUUCAAGCUGCCUCCAAACCAAAAGUUGUAUAUAGGAAAAGCCAUUGUAUUGAGAAGAAAGAUUAUAAUUAGGUGAAAUCUUCAAUGCUUGUUGUAAAAUACAUUUGUCUUUCUUAAAGACAUUAUUUAUUAGAUAAAUAUACAUAGGUUUCCCAUCAUAGGUUUGAAUUGACUUUGUAAAAUUUUGAAUGGCGGUGGUUAUGAAGGUUGACCAGAUACUUGAUACGGUCAUGUAUUCUGUAAAGCUGUUUGUUUGUGCAUCAGAAAUAAAUGGACGCCUUAGUGCUGUUGCAUUUGGCAGUUGUAAGAAA